CUUAUAUGAACUGUAACUCAGUAAAAUCGUUAAUUGUUGUGUUGAUAUUUUUGUUCAGUAUAUUUUAUAGCAUGGGCAAGGGGUGCAGGUCUCAUCAAGGGCGCGGAUAUAAAUUCAGUUUCGCCUUUUUACCGUAAUGAGUUAAAGUGGCCAUUGAAGGAGAACAGGCUGAUCUUGCGACUUUUUCCCAAGUCAUGCGCCCGCCCACAAGAGGGUUCAAAAGGCUCGGUUUCCACCUCCGGUGUCGAGUAGCCGCCAUCUUUGUAUCCGUUCAAAUACAAAAAUAAUAUAUAUUUUCAUUAACUAAGGUGAGGAGAAAAUAAUUUGGUAUAGUCAAGGAACUUAUGUCCGCAUCAUAAGAGCAUUCAUUUGAAGCCUUAUCGAGAUGUCGCUGGUGGAUUUGGGGAAGCGGCUACUUGAGGCCGCACGGAAAGGCCAGGACGAUGAAGUCAGGACGCUAAUGGCCAACGGGGCUCCCUUCACCACAGACUGGCUGGGUACAUCUCCGUUGCACUUGGCCGCCCAACACGGACACUAUUCCACCGCCGAGGUGCUGCUCAGGGCAGGCGUCAGCAGGGACGCCCGAACCAAAGUGGACAGGACCCCUCUGCAUAUGGCCGCUUCAGAGGGCCACACCCUCAUCGUGGAUCUAUUAGUCAGGAGUGGAGCAGACAUUAAUGCCAAAGACAUGCUGAAGAUGACGGCUCUCCACUGGGCCACCCAGAACGGCCACCAAAGGGUAGCAGAGACGCUCAUCAAACAUGGCGCCGACGUUCACGCUCUCAGUAAAUUCGAUAAGACUCCAUUCGACAUCGCAGGAGACAUCCAGAAUGCAGACCUUAUGCUCCUACUACAGGAGGGAAUGCAGAACCAGGUGAACAUGAACGCAGAGGCUGGCAUGACUGGGAGCUCGGCCCAGCCUCAGUUUAUCAUCCAGGGCAUCCCAGGGCUACAGGGGGGCGUGGUGAACCUGGCGGACCUCCUCAACAAUGCUGCCAAGGCCAACUCGGGUAGGCUCCAGGGGGGCGUGGUCAACCUGGCCGACCUCCUCAACAACAUCAACUCUGCAGGUGAAUCUGAGGAAGCCAUAGCAGCCAAUUCUUUGGACCCCGGCAGCAUCCAGCACAUGGUGAACGAGCAAGGUCAAAGGGUCAUCACCAUAGUGACCGACCAACACGGCAACCUGCAGACUGGAGGGCUUGGUCAGCCAUUCUUUGUCACAAUGCAGCAUGGACAACAGAUGUUGGCGAUGCCAGCCAAUCAGGUGACAGAGGAGGUGGUUGAAGAGGAACCCCAGCCCCCGCCCGCCCGCAAGAGGAAACUGGAGGCCUCUGCUAAUCACAUGGAGUCUGGAGACACGGAGCAGUUACAGAGGCAGCUGCAGGAGGCCAACAGGAAGGCCCAGGAGUACCGGCAGCAGCUGAUGUGCAAGGAGCAGGAAGCAGAGCAGUACCGCAUGAAGCUGGAGGCAAUGUCGCACAGCCAUACCAACGGCACCUCAGAGCAGGAGGAGGUGGUUGGGGGUGAGGAGGAGGAGGAGGAGGUGGAGGAGGUGCAGGUGGAGACGUCGGGCAGCGAGGAGGUGAUGCUCCAGGAGGGAGCCAUCAUCAUCAAGACGGAGGAGCUGGACUCGGCCGAGGAGCAGGUGACGCUGGUGGACUCAGCGCCCUCCCACACAGAGGUAAUCUCAUAAUGUCAGACAGACUGAUGUCACUGACUGAAGGAGAAAUGGACACGUGGACUCAGGCGACGGGGCAGCCUGUCAGCGUUUUCAUAGCUCUUUUGUUAAUUUUUUCCUCUUCUAAUUUUCCUGCUAUGUUUUGUUUUUGUACAAUAUUUACUUACUCUUUCUGCUGUUUUAUUUUCCUCAAUCGUGUUUUUUUAUUUUAUUAUAAUUUUCUUUACAAAUGGCGAAGCGAGGAGCUGAAUAUAAGGAUGCGUGUCACACAAGGUUGAUUGAGGAGCGGGAACGGGACCUGCUCAGCCUGUGACUCAGUAAAGUUGCCUAACUGAAGAACGUCUAUGCUACCUGGAAGAAACAGGGCACUCGGUCUCGGAUAUCUAUGGUGUCUGAGACAUGUCAAUGGUGUGUGAGAAAUACAUUUUCAUGGUUCCAACCGCCUGUCCUAAGGUGCCCAAGAUGCAAAUCCAAAGUUUAUUAGACACGUCCAUCCAUAGUACCAGAGGACAGGUCUGUGGAGAGAACACUGUUUUGUUCACCUCCUUCAGGUCUCAAAAGUCGCCCGCUGCCUCACUCUUCCAUCCAACCACCUACAACCACAGGCAAUGGGAAUUAUAUUUAAGCAUGCCCAUUUCCUAUUUUAAAAUAAUCCUCUUACUCGACAAAUGACCGGGCUUGUAGUUGGCAACAGUCAUUCCCAGCAUGUAUUGGGCUCAUUAUUCACAGCGUAGUAAUGAAUUGUUGUGAAUGGCAGUGUUUUGACUUUCAUGGCACCACAUUAGCUUUGUCCUCUAGUUGUUGUCGUCAGUGCCACUUCCAUAGUUCAGUAGUGAUUAUAGGUUGACUGUUGCACAAGCCACAACUCUCCUCCCGCUGAUGUUGACGCAAACUUCCCACUGUUUUAAUGCCCCCGUGGCUUUAAUCACUAGUAGCCCCACUCUCCAAAGCCGGAGAUGGACAGGAAUAAGGAUGUCAGAUUAGGUGGCUGUGUCCUUCUGUCAAUGCCGUUCUCACGUCCCGACACUUGUUUCUAUCACAGUUACUGUGCCGUGAUACUUUUUAGUGUUCUCCCAAACUGAAUGAGAAUGUGAUGGACAUACCUUGGACAACCUCUGCGUUAACAUUCAUCACUUGGGUGAAGGGUGUGAAAGGAACAUAAUCUCUGCCCGCUGUUCAGUAAGGGCCAAAUGUAUACUUGAAAUGCCAACGCUGAUUUAAAUUGUGCCUACAUUUUACAUUGAUGUCAUGGGGGGGGGGGGUGGAUUUCCACGGAAAUUAGGGUUAUGCUUGUGGAUCUGAAGUUCUGGUAUGUCCCUAGUGUAUCCGAUACUUUUGCCCAGGUGUACAUUUUUCAUUAGACCCACUAAAGUUUGUUGAAACAAAAUUUUUAUGAGUGUAACAAUGUUGAUACACUAUAUAUACAAAUGAGUGGAUUCGGCUAUUUCAGCCACACCCGUUGCUGACAGGUGUAUAACAUCGAGC